CUCCGCCAGCCCUCAUUCUUCGUCACGAUCCGGAUACACGAGUAGCAAGCUACGGUGGCGGUCUAUUGGAUCUUUAUGGAGAACCAGUUAGCAGUUCUUGUACUUCUUACAACUACAAUUCUGCAGCUAGGUCAUCAAUGCCUUCGAAAUUGGAAUCAGACCACAUCCACAGCCGGG